AUGGCGCGGUGGUUGUCAUUCUUUGCAGAAUACAACCUUACGGUUGAGUACAAACCAGGACGACUUAAUGUCGUCGCUGAUACAAUCUCACGUCGUCCCGACUUUGAACCAGUCGUGAAACCCAACAGUGAGACAGUCACUGUUGCGGUUAUGACGUCCUCAGUCCCAUCUUCAACGUUGUAUGAUGAUGUGAGGCGGGCAUACGCCCAAGAUGGUGAGAUUGUGGAGUUGUUGACACAUCUCUCCAAGCCAUCUCGAGAAUCGUUGAAACGAUUGUCGCCUGCGUAUCGAUCUGCAUCAGAUCGAUACACUACUCGCAACGGGUUACUGUACUAUACAGCCGUUUCUGGUGACACACCACGUGUUGUCAUUCCAGAUGAUACUGAUCUGCGUUUGCGGAUCAUGUUCGAGUAUCACGAUGCUCCUAUAGGAGGACAUCGUGGCCGUGAGAAAACAUAUCUCACGGUGAGUCGAGACUUUUACUGGCCCCGCCAGUAUCAGUUUGUGCGAAACCUCUACCGGUUCCGGCUGAGUGCUGGGAAUCCAUCUCAAUGGAUUUUGUCUUCGGGUUACCCAAAGACGCACACGGGAAUACGGGUAUUCUCGUAUUUGUUGACAGAUUCAGCAAAAUGGUACACCUUGUGGCUGUACCAGAGUCAAUCACGGCAAGUGGCUGUGCUUGUGUCUUUAUUGACACCAUCUUCCGACUUCAUGGGUUGUCCCGUGAGCUCGUAUCAGACAGAGAUCCACGCUUCACUGCUGAUUUUGGCGUUCCGUGUUCAAAUCACUCGGAACGCGCUUGAAGAUGUCAACAUCUGA